CUCUCCUGGAGAAGCUGAUAUUUUUCCAAUUCGAUAAUGAGAUCUGAAACUACCUUAUCAGAUUUUAAGAGAAUUUGAUUAAACUGCUAACAUGGCUAAAGAAGUGAAACAUCUUGCAUGGAAACUCAACUGCUACAAGGUUAUGACAACAUGUCUACCUCAGUCCCCAACGACCAAUGAGAAGUUUAAGCACGGGUCUCCUAAAUCUCCAAGGUCCCCCAGGAUUUCGCCUGAAGGCAAGUACAUAUUUGGAUCCCCGUCAGAGAAUCGGCGCAAAAAGCCCUCCUCCUCGCCCUCGACGCCAACCACGCCCACUCCGCCGUCCACUCCUCGGCUACAGCACACCCCGGCAACAGCACGGAAGAUGCAACAACUGGAUGAAUCUCCCAAGCUCCAACCUGUUAAAUCAAUCAUGCAACAAUCAAAUGUCCAGAUACAACAUGCCCCAUCACCACCACAACAACAACAACCACAGCAACGCAUACAACAACAACAUCAACCGCAACAACUAAUACAACAUCAGAUGCAACCUCAAACCAUACAGACAAAGUCGAUAUCUAUCAAGAGUGGAGAUGGACUCGUUAGAUAUUCAUUUGAUCUUGAAGUGGAUUAUAUAACAGAGAGAUUAAUUGCCGUGUCUUUCCCUUCUGGUGGUCUUGAGAACCAGUACCGAAGCAACUUACGAGAUGUAGUCCGGAUGCUAAAGAGCAAACACAACAACUGCUACGUGGUCUUUAACCUAUCAAGGAGGAGACAUGAUGUAUCCAAACUAAACCAAGAGGUGCGUGAUUUGGGCUGGCCCAACGUCCUCGCCCCUCCCUUAGAGAGGCUUUGCAGCAUAUGCAAACAGAUUGAGACUUGGAUGAAGGGUAACCUCAACAAUGUUGUGGUGCUACAUUGUAAGGGUGGUAGGGGACCCAUUGGCGUAGUGGUAUCAGCCUUUAUGAACUAUCUGAGCAUCACUUCAGGAAAUGAUUCGACGAUGGAUCGUCAUGCCAUGAAGCGUUUCUUGGAUGCCAAAGGUUGGGGCAGCAUGCACCCUUCUCAGAUGCGGUAUAUUGAUUACUUCUCUGGGCUUUUAACCAACUCCAUCCAGAUCAACAGCUCACCCCUCUUUCUUCAUCACGCUGUCAUCCAUGGGGUGCCUAACUAUGAUUCUAAUGGAGGUUGUCGUCCUUUCUUGAGGGUUUAUCAAGGCAUGAGUCCUGUAUACACAUCGGGUGUCUACACUGUGCCUGAAGGAACUAGUCGGUUUGUGAUCACGCCCGGUAGAGCAAUUCCUCUUAGAGGUGAUAUCCUGCUAAAGUGUUACCAUAAGAAAUUCAGGUCGACAACUCGAGACACAAUCUUCAGAUGUCAGUUUCAUACAACAGCAGUGAUGGAGUAUAGAUUAGUCUUCCAAAAACAGGAACUAGAUGAUGCCUGUACAGAUGCUAGAUUCCCCGAGUUCACCAAGGUAGAACUGAUCUUCUCUUCUACUCCCGAUGCCCUCCAUGGGAGUGACUAUGUCUCAGGAGCUAGCUUCCCGUCUGAACACAUCGAUGAUCCAUUGAUCAGAUGGGAUUCGUAUGAACACUUCAAUGACAUCAUCGAAGGACCUGAAGAUGGAGGCCCUGAUCUCAAUGAAACAUCAGGUAACAACAACAACAACAUGAUCCUGGACAUCCCUCACUCCUCGGCUCCUGACGGAAGCCUCUACGCCCAGGUCAAGAAAACACCCUCACCGGAGCAGUCUCCGAUCAUCCCCAGACUGACCAAUGGGGAUACCAAUGCCCCCUUGCCUUAUGUCCUCUCCCCUGACAGAGCCCCUCAGGUCCACACCUCCAAGGAUGGAGGCAAGAGAAACAUGGACUACCGGGAGAGAAUGGCCCUGGAUGAACUGCUCAAAGGCAUCACUGGGGAGGAUACAGAUGGAGGAAUUAUGGUGAACAACAACAUUCAGUGGAAGGCACCACCAUCCCCUGAUAACAAGGUUCUCCAUCAUGAGCCUGUCCACACAAGGCGCAUUGUUAGUGUGAGUGAGGAUCUCCGCCAUGCUCCGGUUUCCCAAUCCAAACCCAAACCGCCACCACCAGUCCAGGAGGAUAUCAAAGAAGAAGCUGCUGGCCAGGAGAACUCUUCGCCCUCCAAGAAACCAGCAUCUAGGAAGGAGUCCAGUGAAGCUGAGAACCCAUAUGCAGAGAUCACAGACGCUAUGCAGCAGAAGCUUCAGCAGAACCCCAACACCAACCAGAGUGGUCCACAACAGGAGAGGAUCCAGCAGGAGGUGGUCCAACAGGAAAUGAUCACACCUGUUCUUGUGACGAAUAAGGAGCAAUACGCACCACCAAUGAUGAAUGGAGGCAUUAGUGUGCCACGUUCUGUGGAGCAGCACAAUCCCACGUAUGAGAUCACGCCAAAGGGAUCAAACCAUCGGACAAUGCAGAAUGGUCCUGUGAGCCAGAAUGGACCGGUGGUUCAAAGUGGCCCUAUGGUUCAGAAUGGACAAGUGAAUUUAAACCCACGUCAGGUGAACCUCAACCCAGGACAAAUCAAUGUUCCCAAUGGACCGACACCUAUGACAUAUAACCAGAUAGGUUACAAUGCUAGUCCAGCCCAACCGUAUGUAGCACAGAUGAAUGGGCCGGUGGAGACCCCUAUCGUACCCAACUCUCUUAGUAGGGUGACAGAAAGGACUCCUUAUGCAAGUAGACUAGAAAAUGGCCCAACAUCUCCUGUGCAUACCAAGUAUGAGCCGCGUCCUUUGAAAGCAAGAGAGGAUAGGUUCCAACUCCUAAGGAAAGGCCCUAAUGCGCCCGAACAGUACCAGCCAUCCCCUCCAUCCCCUGCACAGGUUAGCCCUGUCAGUCCUACUGAUAAUGGUGAUGAUGAUGGGCUUGGCUGGCUCAGGAGGCAGCAGGAUAAACUUCGUGAAAAGCGGGAGAGGGAAAACGGAAGACCCAUUGUGAGAGAAUCCCCAGGAGAACCCAUCAGAGUUACGCCUGUCAACGCAUCUCCAAAGUUACGUGUUCGUUUUGAGGGUGACGUCGAGCCGGCACCCCUUAUGGUGUCCCCACCACUGUCCGCCAAGAGGGAAGAGCCACCGUCUUGGCUUGCACAACAGCAGAAGUUGCAGGAUCGUCAAGGUAACAACAUCACUCCUAUCAACCAGGCUCCAGUGGUGGCCACAGAAGUAACACCAGUGCAGAAUGCAAUGUAUCCAGCACCUGAUCACCUACUGAUGACUGGUCCUCAGGAUGGUGGCGUGUCUAUGAGACGGGGUGUGUCACCUCCCCCUCUUUCUAUUUCAAAAGACUUAGAGCGAUCCAUUAGCGAGCUUGGGCAAAUGAACACUGCCAAGCCAGCCCAGAGCUACGUUCAGCGGACUGUCACCACCAGCACGACCCGAGAAUGGGAGCCCCAUGAGAGACCACUCAACAGGCAGCUAUCUGAUCUGACCCAUGAUAGGGUUCGUGACCCUGUGUACCAGAGACCUGCUGAUGAUCAGUCACCAAAGGUCCCUGCUACACCUUCUACGCCUUAUGAUCCAGUUCCUCCCAUUCUUACCAAUGCUCAACUGAGGAACGAUGGCCAUAGCAAUUCCGCACAGGAACAGAGGCGGUACCAGUCACGGACAGAGCUAGCCUCUCAAGCUGGUAGCGUGCCAUUUACAAACACUUCUUCUGGACAUGCCAGCUUUGCUAUGAAUACCAAAACGGCAUGCAGCAGUAGUGUACCGUUGAAGGUAUCAUCCAGGGUGUCCGAUUCCAACUCCUUGACACCUUCGGUUGAUUCUGGUUACAAGUCCUCUUCUUACCAGACCUUGACAUCUGGUCUCUCAGGAGUGAGCCCACAUGAAACUAGUAUCGAUGUGACAAGGUACAAGGGAAAUGAUGGCUCUGAGACCACCAUUAGAAACACCACAGAGCGGAGGAAGAAGACUGUCCAAGUUGAAGCUGUUCUAAACAAGGAUGGGUCCUAUCAUUAUCCAGCUAUACCCAUUACCCAGUGGAAGAGUAACUCUGGUAGUAAAGCGAUAGAGCAAUCAUCGUCACCGCAGCAUCAGCCUAAAGUCAAUAUUCGUGUUAAUCCUUAUGAAGAGGUUGAUAGCUUUCUUCCAAGGCCAGGCGAUGCUACAAGGACUUCCUCAAGCCUUCAGAAACAGCAUGGUGGGCAGCCCGCAGCCAUAUCCUCAGGAAAUUUACGCUCUCCAACAUCUGCCUUUGUUCCUCUGUCAGUCUCAACAUCCAUGGGAGAGCAUCUCUAUGAUACUUCCAUUCACUCCUCUUCUUCCUCCUCUUCUACUUCAUCUAUACCUACUUCUCACUAUCCUCAUCACUAUAGAAAUGACAAUAGUCCUUAUUACCAAUCACAGCGUAACCAUGGUAGCGGGAAUCAUCCUGGUAAUGGGUAUCAUUCUCAUAAUAACCAAUCACAUCAGUACGUCCACACACAACAGUCUUCCAGUAGUAACUCACAAUACCAGUCUACUCCCCAAAAGGGUUCCUCUGUGCAUCCUUCCCAGAUAACCUCCGGGGAUCGGGAAUAUGAGUCCGUCUCCCAUACUCCCGAUACAAGCAGUAGAGAAAGAACCGGUCAGUCAGAUCUCACCCCUUCCCAACAUUUGCUGAAGUCUGCAUUCAGAAAAGCAGACUUCCUCCUCUCUCCAUCAAGUGUACCAAGUCUUUCAAGACCCAUUCCUAUUCCAAACGAGCGACCAAAAGUCAGUUUUCAUGACCAAAGCGAGAAGCAAGGGUCCAGAUUGCCCAUAGGUAGCUACCAAAGGGACCUGUCGCCUGAGGUGGAACAGCCACCAAGGGCAUCCUCUGUACCUCCAACACUCCCCUCUUAUGAUUGGGUUAUGAACAGGAUUAGGGAGCUGCGAAGAGGCACUAAUAAUGGUAAUCAAGGCACAUGUGUGGGUUCAAAGGAACACUCUUAUGAUAGGACUAGGGAAAGUAAAUUAGAUAGCAGCCAGAAAGGUGGUAAUAAGGUUCAGUUUGAUUUGCGGGAUGAGAUAAUAACCAGUAGCAAGAAUCCGAGGGGUAGUGGCACAAAUCAAAGUAAAACAAAUGUAGUCCAGCCUAUCCCACAGCGUCCAGGGAGGCCACAGUUUGAAAAUUUGGCAACCUUACCCCCUAAGGGUAACACUCGUAGUAGGACUCCGCAAGAUGGUGGGACUCUGUCCCGCAAGCACCAGGACCAUAAUUUACGUGAGAUGGUAUCCAAUAAUGUUCCUAACAGGAGAGAAGAGAUAGAGCACUGGAAUAAUUACGGGUAUAGCUAUAACAGCAAUUCUAUGCAACAGACUGGUCAACCUUUGCCAGGCCCUUCUGCAUCACAGAGGUUCUUUCCAACCAGUCCUAUGCAACCGAAGGAUGGCGAAAAGAGUCCGGUGGGUCGUCAUUUUCAUCUUCCAGAGUCGCGAUUGCCCGACCAUCUUCUUCAUAAUCAGCAGCCGGCUAGGACUGAGCGAAAUGUGCGGACGUUAAACAAACAAACCCUGCAUGUGGAGGCGACUAACCCAUCACAAAGUGUGACCUUUAACACAACCCAUCCCUCUCUCUCCUCCAUGCAUGGAAGCACCCCUUCCUACAACAAAGAAGGUCGAGUCUUUACCCGUAGUGUGAGCAACUCUGGCCUUGAUGAACUCCUUGAGACUAAUAAUAACAACUCUACUAAUGAGGAUCCCUUCAGUAAUCUUGAUGAUGCUGUCAAGAUGCUCUCUCACUGGAGCAAUGAAAUCCAGAAACUCAGUGCCCCUUACAAUUCAUCAUCGAUUGAUGCUAACCAUAACACGCAUGCCUCACUAGACAACCGUGCCAUCCUUUCUCACCAUCAACUCAACAACAACAACCAAUCAGAUGACAGGAUUAACCGAACUCAAUUUCAAACCCACCAAUCCAGUGGUGGGUACCAUAACACAUCUCAAACAUUGACCAAUCACAGACCUCAGGCUACGUCCACACCUAAAAAGAACUUUGAUGAAGUUGAUCUGCACAUUGAUGAACCAACAGAGGUAGACAACAUACCAAGAGGGGUGGUGGCCGACAGAUCGCCAAAUUUUGUGGAUAGGACCCCGCCAGCAACCCAGUCCAGGCCACCACGCCGCACCAACUCUCAGUCAGGUUAUGAUUCUGAUACCGGUAUCCAGCAGUACUACCGCCCCCCUCGCAGGCGCAACCUAGUCGACCCCGGUGCAGAGGUUUGGCUACAGAACCCCGGAGGACUUCCAAGGAAGGAGAGUGAAUUUUGGAACCGGAAAGAUGGACUCAAGUCUCAGGAACCUCCCAAGGAGUACGACCUGAGCUCGUCUACCGAGAGCAUCUCUGGUUCCAAGACGCCCAAGUUCCCUGUUGGGCCCCGGGCCUAUGCCAACAUGACCAAGACCUUCAUCGUAAAGACUGGAGCGCCACCCCAUGGUCCAGACCAGCCACUCCCUCUGCAGCGGACCAUGCAGCGACAAGACAGCUUUGAAAUCCCGCCUGUGCCUGAACCUACGGCACGCCCCGCACCCAUGGCUGAGGUACAUGCCCCGCCCCGUCAACCAGUACCUAUUCCUGUGACGGAGCCUGCCAGGGAGAUCCAACCCACCCAGCCGAUGUUCUCGGAGAGGAGGGUAAUUACCGUGGAGAAUAGGACAGAGCCUAGCAGACAGCCUAUGGAAUGGACACCUACUCCACCGGCUCCUCCUAGCCAAGAGCAGAGGUACUACACACGCACACCAACCAGACCUACUCCUGCAGGAGACGAGUCUUUCAGGCAACUGGAAUACCUGGAGAGUGAGCCAUGGCUUGGACGUAAACCCAUCGUUCAUUCUCCUCAUCGUCCCAAUGCACCGGUUGAGGUACAGCCCUGGAUGCCACCUGUUGUCACCACCAUGUCCACUACCGGUCCUAUACAGACGGUAACCAAUGGUGUUCCUCAGACGGUUACCACCACCCAGUGGAGACGAGAGGUCACUCAUCAACAGCAACCCAUUGAGAUUAUGCCCAUCACUAAGGAUGUCACGGAAGAUGUGGAAGCUAGGAAACCAAGAAAUAUUCUCGACCCUCCUCCAAGUCUUCUUGAAGGUGUGGUGGAACCACCAACAGUCUCUCCGGUUGUUGAAGCCAGAUUCACACCUCGCUAUGUACGGGAAGUCAACGCUGCUCCCCCACCAUCAGCGCCACUCCCCCAGGCAACCACCCCAACCCAACCCAGUGUGGUACAGUACCAGGAGCAGCCACCUCGCUCCAGGGCCAUGGAGCCACCUAUCACAGAGGUGCGGCUCCAUCCGGUGGAGCUUGGACCUAUCCAGGUGGUUCCUGUUGAGGCUCAGGUCAUCAUAGAUAGGAAGGAGCAAUACCCGGGUCAAGAUGCAUGGCAGCAAGCUGCACCUGUUCAUUCUCCGGUUCCCAGUCAACAGUACCAGGCUCCAGCAUCACAGCCUCACCAAGGGACCGUGGCACCCCCUCCAACAUAUGGUUCAGUCAAGGCCAGAUCUCCAUCACCUACCUUUGGUAUUGUGAAAACCUCUGCCCCUCAAGCCUCUCACGGUGUUGUCCAAAACUCACCAUCAUCACCUGUGUCUUAUGUCACCGCCCCGCCCGCCUCAGCACCAUCUUCUUACUCCACUGUUCAGCAGAUCUCACCCCCGAUGUCGUAUGGAACGGUCCAGAGCACUCCACAGAGGGGGGUGAUGACUGGCCCCGGUCAGGAACCUUCCAUUAUGCACCAGAGGGUGGAGGUGCGGGAGAUCACCCAGACAGAGAGUGUGCCUGUAUCACAGACCCUUCAGCAGCAGCAACCGCAGCAGCAGCCAUUUCAGCAGCACCAAGAACCACCAAUCCUGCAGCAGACCCAACAGCAGGUUCAACAAGACGUACCAUCAGAGCAAGCACCGGUGUCACCAGAGCAGCCAUCGGCAACCCUAAACGAGCGCCUGCUCAACCAGCCUAAACCACCGGUGCAGUACCCGACAUUCAGCGAUAGACAUCGUAAGGCUGCUAAGGAGCCUGUUGAUGACUCUCUUCCUAAUGGUGGUGCAGGAUACAGGACCAUCUAUGAUAACAGGAGACAGAGGUCUUCACUUGGCAAUGAGGGGCAGUUACCGAGUCCGGGCGGAUUAUCGGGAAAAGGGGUUCUGAACGGAAGCACAACACCGCCAACGCUUAGUGGAAGAAGCACGCCCUCAAAUUUCUACUACACACAGAAGUUGUCACCCUAUGGCAGUUCAAGUUCAUUAGCAGAUGGGAUCAGGAAAGUUGCUGUGGCAUUCUGCCCUGGCAAAGAUGAGGACAAUGUACCUAAAAGAUUUGAUUAA